AUGACUAUCGGUGAAUCUAAGGACUUCUCACAUUUAUACUCAGAUGAAACAAAGGCUCGUAAGCCUUCGCCUUUGAAGACAUGUAUCCACCUGUUCCAGGACCCUAAUAUCAUUUUCCUUGGUGGUGGUUUGCCCAUGAGCGACUACUUCCCUUGGGACCGUGUGCAAGCAGAUUCACCACUUCCACCUUUCAACAAGGGCAUUGGUGCACCAGUGUCAGGUGAGGCGGACGAUACGCUACGCUUAGCCUUGCGUAAGAAUGAAAUAACGAAAGCGGGUGAAACUCAGGACAUCCCACUUUCGCGUGCAUUGCAAUACGGUUUCAGCCAAGGCCAACCUGAAUUACUGUCAUUCGUCAGAGAGCACACUGCGAUGAUCCACCCCAUGCAGUACUCAGACUGGGACGUUUUGGCCAGUGUCGGUAACACCAACAGCUGGGAAUCCACACUUCGAAUCUUCUGUAACCGUGGUGACACCAUUCUUGCAGAAGCUUACUCCUUCUCGUCUUCUAUUUACGCAGCUGAGGCUCAGGGUAUCAACGUGUUCCCUGUUCCUCUUGAUGAGUUUGGUAUUAUCCCAGAGAAGCUCGAGAAAAUCCUCGACAACUGGAACCCCGAGGCUGCCAAGCCUAAGCUGUUGUACACCAUCCCAACCGGUCAAAACCCUACUGGUUCUACCUUGAGUGAUGACAGAAAGGCCGAAAUUUACCGCAUCGCCCAGAAGCACGACUUCAUCAUUAUCGAAGACGAACCUUACUACUUCUUACAAAUGGACCCAUACGUGAAGGACCCAGCUAAGCGCGCUGAAAAGACUGUGUCCUCCCAUGAGGAUUUCAUCAAGUCGCUUGCUAAGUCCUUCAUCUCCCUGGACACUGAAGGACGUGUUUUGAGACUUGACUCCUUUUCCAAGGUCUUGGCCCCAGGUGUUAGAUUGGGCUGGAUUGUGGGUUCCAAGAAGAUUUUGACCGACUAUUUGAGACUACAUGAAAUGACCAUCCAAUGCCCAUCCGGUUUCACUCAAUCUUUGGUUGCUGGUACUUUGAACCGUUGGGGCCAAGACGGUUACUUGGACUGGUUAAUUGGACUGCGUCAUGAAUACAACGAGAAGCGUAACGUCACUAUGGACGCCUUGUACAAGUAUCUGCCUCAGGUUCCAUUCAUCAAAGUAAGCCCUCCAUCCGCCGGUAUGUUCUUCACCAUUAACAUCGACGCUUCCGCUCACCCAGAAUUCGCUACCAAAUAUCAAUCAAAGCCUGAGCUUGUGGAACAAGCCAUCUACGAUAAGGUUAUCGAACACGGUGUUCUCAUAGUUCCUGGUGUCUGGUUCAAGGCCAACGGUGACACUCAACCUCCUCAGCCAGCUGAAAGCAAGGUUGACGUCGCCCCUAAUGAAAUCUUCUUCAGAGGUACCUAUGCUGCGGUUCCCUUGGACAAAUUGCAAGCUGGUUUGAAGAGAGUUGGUGAAGCUUUAUACGAUGAGUUCGCUGUUACUAGGGAGUAG